CUUUUCCAUCUGGAUGCACCUUCCUUCCUACAUCGACACCUAAUUACAGAACGUCGCUUCCCAAAUCAAUUGCGAAAUUCGAUGUGCAAGUACGUAUGAUAGCUCGUAAAAUUAAACCUUAUUUUCGGUACCUGGUUUCCCGGACAGCAGAUUUGGCUGCCUUAAAUUUUCGCCCUCCUCCAUCCAACUUUCCCUUUCUUCCCAACUCACACAUCAUUUCGCAACGAUCAUAACAAUACAACAGCAGCCUGUUCACAGUUCCUGCAUACUUCAUCUGAUCACACAUUGCCUACUUUUUCCAACAUCCGAUCACUUUCCAAAUUCAGUUCAUCCGAACUUGACCUAUCGCACCUACAGCAGGGAUAUACCUCUGUAGCUUUAACUUCCUCAUUUCCACAUUUCCAUCCAUAUUUCCUUCCACACUUCUACGUACGACCUUCGCGGGUAGCAACUGUUAUUGACCAUGGACUCAUCACAGCACUCACCGCUGCACAACUGGCGCAUUCCCGUUCAUUGCAUUUUUUGCUCUCACUGCCGCGCAAUUCGUGCAAACAUCAACCGAGAAGCCCAUGAUCAGGCGCACUUGAAUGCACAAGCCCACGCCCAGGAUAUCGGUAUCUCUCCACGUCCCGCACCUCUACAUCGAUCUCGAGUUAUUAAGAUUCCACGAUCAAAACUAUCCGUAACUAUCCAACUUCCGAACUUGAAACACCCUGUUGCGCCUGACGACAGUUCGACCCUUCCCAGAUCCAGAAAGCGAAUCCGCCCUCGUUGGGGAGAGCCUAGUGAACUCGAGACAGCAGUCAAGCCAGUCGCAUCACAAGUAGAACCUGCCCGAGAUACUUCGCAAGGCUUUGCUACUGAACAACAAUACCCUUCAAGAAGGACCGAACCUCUCCUCUUCCACUCUCCCCGACAAAUCCGACCACUGAGCCCCGAGACUCGAAGAUACUUAGAACGGCCCUUUUUCGCCGUGAAUGCGCGCGCAAGAUUUCGCGUCGCUGCUCCCAAGCGUGUAAUGCCUGGAGCUUGGCCAUCCGAGCUUGUCGAGGUAGACAGCGCGGAAGUGCCAACAUAUUAUAAUAUGACCCUACCUACACCACCUACUCCCGGUCCACUCGCGGCAAAUGUUGUUCGCAAUGCCUUUACUUAUAUCCGAGACUCAUCUCGUAGUCUCUACACAACCCUGAGCAACAGAAUCUUCCGUCCGCGUCAAAGCCCUUCAAUUCCGACACCAAUUCCUUCCGAAGAUGGUAGGCGGACUCCAAAGCGCCGUCGACUUGACCACGAAGAGAAUGGACCAUUCACCACUACUGAACUGGUGGAUGACCGCAUGGACAUUGAUGAGGAUCCUAUUGCUACUGUACUUACCGGCUCAUCGAUGAGCGAACUAGAAACAUCACCAUCUAUAUCUCCUGUUGUUUCACCGAACUCUGCAGCCGCCAUAGCUUCUGCUAGAAGAGCUACGCGACUAUUUCCUUAUAGAAAGAACGUCGGCUUACCGAGUGAUUCACCGAAUGGCUCAACCAGUGAUCAGACUAAUGUGGUAACUCCACCACCCUCGCGCCGAGAAAAGAAACCAGUCCAACAAGAACGAGUACCCGAACGGACUUGGGGACCUUUACCUGCUCCAAAAUAUGCGAGCAUUCAAGAGUUCUUCGCACACGAUGACGAGAUAUGCCUGCCUGGCUUAGAACGCUUGCGGCUCACGCCGAAUGAUACCAAGGUAUAUGAACUAGAUUCACAACGCGAAGAUCGGCUGCGCAUUGAGAAGGAGAAUGCUGAGAAAGAGCGUCAAGAAAAACUUCGUAUCGAAGAGGAACGCUUAAAUGAAGCGCUGCGCCCGCUCGGGUUACGGAGACCGAAGGCACCCCUGAUUACUCCUCUCAGCGACGAAUGGGACCGGAAAGCUAGAGAAGCGCCGGACAACGGCAAAGUGGAGCCGAAUAAAUGGAGAGGCGCGCGCCAUCGGGACGGCGUGGAACUCAAGGCACGAGACUUCAAGAAACUAGUACCCGCGGACUCAUGGCUGAAUGAUAACAUCAUCCAAUCAACUCUAGUCCACCUUGCAACUUACAUUAAUGAUACAGCUGGCGUUGUUCCUAAGCAAACUACACCAAAGUGUGUGGCGCUCUCUUCUCAAUACUGGUCCAAUUUCAUACGCGAUCCUAAAAACCAUAUCUACACCCGAGGGUUAGAGAGAACCUGGGGAAUGAAACCAACUAACUUCCUCGAUAUUGAUACGGUGCUCAUUCCGGUUAAUAAGGAUGCCCACUGGACCGUCCUUGUUGUCCGACCAUCUCGUCGAACAGUCUCUUAUGUUGACUCGUUCCAUAAAGACGGGUGGUCUCACAUACAGGACGUCCAUAUGUGGAUGGAAUACUUUCUGGGUGACAAAUAUGUUGCCGACGAAUGGCGCCAAGAAUCUUACAGUGUGCCCAGGCAGACGAAUGGGUACGACUGCGGUAUGUUUGUAAUUACAAACUCUAUCUACCUGUCGCUGGGUAUAGACCCCAGCGGCUACUCGCAGAGCGAAAUGCCUCUGCAGCGGCGCAGAAUCGCCGCGAUGCUCCUGAACGGCGGGUUUACCGGCCCGUUCGGCUUAUCACACCUCUAA